CGUUCUGACAGUUUAAGGUUACUUUUUUGUCUUUCCUGGCUAAACAGAAAAAUGUCGGAGACUGCUCCAGUUGCUCCUGCUGUUCCCGCACCUCCAGAGAAAACACCUGUUAAGAAGAAGACGAAGAAAACGGGCGCAGCUGCUGGAAAACGCAAGGCGUCCGGGCCCCCGGUGUCCGAGCUCAUCACCAAGGCUGUCGCCGCCUCCAAGGAGCGCAGCGGCGUGUCCUUGGCCGCGCUGAAGAAAGCGCUGGCGGUCGCUGGUUAUGACGUGGAGAAGAACAACAGCCGCAUCAAGUUGGGUCUCAAGAACUUGGUGAGCAAGGGCACCCUGGUGCAGACCAAGGGUACUGGCGCCUCAGGUUCCUUCAAGCUCAACAAAAAGGCGGCCACCGGGGAAACCAAGCCCAAGGCUAAGAAGGCGGGCGCGGCCAAGCCCAAGAAGGCUGCUGGGGCAGCUAAGAAGCCCAAGAAGGCCACGGGCGCGGCCACCCCCAAAAAGGCCGCUAAGAAGACCCCCAAGAAAGCCAAGAAACCGGGGGUGGCUGCUGGGGCCAAGAAAGUGGCUAAGAGCCCGAAAAAGGCGAAGGCAGCCAAGCCGAAGAAGGCGGCUAAGAGUCCGGCCAAGGCCAAAGCCCCCAAGCCCAAGGCAGCCAAGCCUAAAGCUGCCAAACCUAAGCCUACAAAGGCCAAGAAGGCGGUCUCCAAGAAGAAGUAAAUCGGUAAAGGGACGUCCUACUUUGAAAAUCUCAAAGGCUCUUUUCAGAGCCACCCACUAAUUUCAGGUAAAAGAGCUUAACCGGAUAUGUGUCUCCGUAGGUAAUACAACAAGCCUUGUAAUAAGGUAAUUCUUUUUUAAACUUAAGCAAUUUUUUUAAACUUGCCGCCCUAAUGUGAUUGGCUGUGCGUCAGGGUGCGCGCGCACCGCCACGUUCAGAACUAUCCGAAUGUUGUGAUCACAGUCCUCUAAGGAGAGUUUAGUGGCUCUCAAAAGAGCCUUGCGGCAGAUUCACUUGCCCUUAGCCCUGUGGUGGCUCUCGGUCUUCUUGGGCGGCAGGACGCCGCCCUGAGCGAUGGUGACUUUGCCCAGCAGCUUGUUGAGCUCCUCGUCGUUGCAGAUGGCCAGCUGCCGGUGACGCGGGAUGAUGCGCGGGCCGCGUUGCCCGCCAGCUCCAGGAUCUCGGCCGUCAGGUACUCCAGCACCGCCACCAGGUACACCGGCGCGCCGGCCCCGACCCGCUCAGCAUAGUUACCCUUGCGAAGCAGGCCGUGGACUCGGCCCACGGGGAACUGGAGCCCGACCCGCGAGGAGCGGGUCUUGGCCUUUGCUCGCGCUUUGCCGCCCUAUUUUCCUCGUCCAGACAUGUUAGGAAAGAAAUACUGCAGCUUGAGGAAGGGGUUAUUAUAGUCUCUGGAUGUUUCUAAAAUUUCCAUUCCCAUUGGUUUGUAGAGGCUACUGAGAGAGUUAGCCAAUCAGAACGCACUUCUGGAGUUACUUGCAUGGGCUCCGGGAGAAAAUACUGCACCAAUUAGAGGUUGAGAUAUUGACUUGUAUUGAUACAUACUUUGAAGCAGUUGAAAAGCUUGGAUUUUUCCGCUUGAUGAAUGUAGUCCUAUUCGGGGGGAGUAUUCAUGCUAUUGUUAUUCUGCCUAAAUCUGCAUAAUGUUGCUACCACCCUGACACCAAGGGAUAGUAAAAAAGUAAGCUACGCCUGGCGGUUUAUAAUUUACCCUUUUCUUUGCCAGAUUUUUUCCCCCUCAGAUGUUGACAAGACCCAGGGAGCUGGGUAGGUGGUCUAAUAUCUUUUGGUGAAUAGGCAACAAACAGGGAGGCAGAAACAAAAACCGUUGAUAAAGGCAACGAGAUUGCUUAGAGAGCUCCUGGAGCUGGAGUAACCAGGGCAAAAUAAAUGGCUCUAGGAAGAUGGGUUGACCUGAUAUUACAUCAUUUCCCCUUCAUCCCUGUUUUUGUUGUUGUUGUUAUUUUAAUUUCUGGGGAAGGCCACUCGAUUUUACUGGCAAAUCUUGACCAAAAUCUGAGUUCUGCAGACCAUUAGGGGGUUGUAAACAUGGAUGGGGAAAAAUUACAUCUUUAUUUUACCAAAUUCUAAAUGCAGCUGAGCAUUUCCUUCAAGUAUAUCUGUAGGCAGCUAAUCACAAUGGAUUAUGCAGUGCCUCUGACUUUUUCAACAGUGGCCGUCACAGAUGUUUUUGGAUCACUUUGAAGAUAUUGCAGAUAUCUUGAAAUAAAAUUUACCUAUUCCUUGAAACUGACAUUUGUUAUUACACCUGUUGCUCCUUGUUAUUUGAUGUGACUAAUGAAACACAUUUUACGUAAAAGAAAUACAUUUUGACAGCUGUAUUUUAAUGUGGCUAAUUUUCUUAUCCUGUAUGCUUUAAGUAUUUUAAAACAUUGUAUUGAGAAGAUAUUUGUUUAUAGGUUUCUCCAGACUAUCCAUAGAGUCCACUAUACAAAACAAGUCAUGAGUGCCUGAGCAGAUCUUCAGUUGCAAAUACCUCAUGGUUGAAAGACUUCGUCUUAUUUCUUUGUUUACAACAUACCCAGUGGCCCCCGCCCCCCGCCCCCAGCUACACAUACACACACAACUUACUGGUUAAUAGUUUAUUAAAUUUUACUAUUUAAACUUCCUUUAAAAAAAAAAAAAGUAGGUAGCCUGUGAUUACCUUUCUAGCUUUUCCAAGCAGGAGUUCAUCUUUUCCCCAUCACAACUGUAUUCCAUACUUUCUUCUUUCUAGAAAGGGCCAAAAAACCCUCCUCUUAGAAGACUGGUUUGGUUGAGAAGGCGAUUUGGAUAAAUGGGAAGAUGUGAAAUGGUUACUCAGAAGAAUCUUUUUGAAAAUAAGAGAUUGCAUCAAGGGGGAAAGAUAAAGGGGAAGAGACCUGUGAGGUCUUUAAUACCCAGAAUGAGAGAGUUUGGCUUUUGAUUAUGAGUGAUGAGGAAUAAGUAUUAUGUAGGAAUGUGACAUUCAACAAGAGUGGUUACUAUAUAGUAUCUCUGUAGUUCGUUACAUUUUACAAACCACUUCUAUGCCUGCCUCACUAUAAAGCAUUUGCAGUAGGUAUAGCUAAGCUGCUUGAUUAUUAUUAGACUGCACUGCGUGGCUUGCGGGAUCUUAGUUCCCCAACCAGGGAUUGAACCCAGUCCAUGGCAGUGAAAGUCCUAACCACUGGACUGCCAGGGAAUUCCCUAAGCUACUUGUUUUAAAGUUAAGAAAAUUAUGGCUUAGAAAGAUGAAAUGGCCAGAAUCACCUUGUCAAUAAAUGAUGGACCUGAGUCUCAAACACGAGUUUCUUUAUUCCUAGUGUCAUUUUUUGAGCACUGCUCCCCAUCUAUUAUGUCAAUUGGAAAAGGAGUAGAGUUCUCUCUUUCCUUUUUAGGCUCAUCCAGAAAAACAUAACAUUCAUGUAUUUCUAUUUUAGGCCCUUUGUGAGCUAUCCAAUUCACAAUCCCUUUGGAAUGCACCAGAAGGGAUUAAACACGAUUCAAUCAAUGCUCUUCUAGUUUUACACUGGUUUAUGUAAGUUAAUAUUCAUAUUCCUUUCCUUGGGACAGUUUCUAAUUUACAAGGAAAUCGGAACUUGUUUAACUCUUACUCCAUCUCCCAAAAUUUUUGUUGCAGUUAAAGCAGGUUAAAAUGAACAUCUUGGGAUGGUCUUGAUAUUCUGCAGCGGGAUGAUGAGGGAUCAGGAAGCUCAUUCCUAGUCCCUGUAUUUCAUCAGUAAACCACAUCCCUAGGAGGGUCUCCUGAAACACUCAUCCUUGGAUUUCUGAUGUUCUUUUGCUGAACAAAGGUGGUCUGUCAAUCACAGUGGCAAAAACCCAGGUUUAGAAAAACUCAACAGAUCUACACUUAAAGACGGCAAAUAUCAAGCAGGAGCCUGUGUGAGUAGUUGUCUCCAAAAUAUACCAAAAAAAGAAAGAAAGAAAGAAAAAAGGACGUCUUAGCAUGGAAGGUGUGAAGGGCAUGUUCAUAUUUUCUUAGCUGCAGGAGGGUACUUAUGCAUAUGGCAUAGGUCUAAGCCAAAAGUAAUUUUGGGGGCCAGGCUGAAGUCACUACUCUCUCCCUUCUAUUUAGUAAUUGCCUGACUCCUUUUAACUGGAGGAGGCAGAUGGAAUUCAUGUCACUGUGUGGAGGCCUUGAUUACUCAUGUCACUCAGUCACUAAAUCAGGUAGAUGUUUAAAUAAGUUUCAGUAACUGACAGUUUCUCUCCUCUCACAUUCUCUCCUUAUCCUCUCAUACCUGGAUGAUUCCAUGUUUCUUAACCAGUAUCCUAACCAGUUUCUUCCUAACUGGUUCUUCCUAACCAGUUUCUCCAGCCCCUAAUUCCUAAAUUCUGGUCAUUCUGUCUUAUAAAAAAUUGUCACUCUUGCCUUAGAUUCAAGUGAGAACUUUGUAGCCUUUUUUCAUAAUGAUACUUUCUGCUCACACUAACCAGCACUAAUAACUCAAAUUUACCUUUCUAUUCCUUUUUGUUGUUGUUUGUUUUUUGUUUUUUGAACAACUUUACUCAUCUGCAAUUCCUUCUCUCCUUCUACCUGGGAGAAUCUUUCCAAUUUCAUCUCAAGUUCCAACUCCAUGAAUAAAUUCCCCUAAUUAGAAAAAUCUAGUUUCUCUGAUAAUGUGCUUUGAUGACAAUAAUUGGGUACCAUUAUUAUCAAUGGAAAAUUUAUAAUGCAUCUAUUCUUUUCUGUCAUUAAACUAAACCCUAGGGCAUUAGCCUUCUUUAUCUUGUUUUCCCACUACUCUAGGUGUGUUUUAAUUGACUGAGCUUUAAAAUCCUGUCAAAUGUGUGGAAUUAUCCCCAUAAUAAUCAGAUUCAGUGAUUUUCUGUUUUUCUAUGGAAAGCUAAGGGUAAUAAAUCUCUCUGCCCCUUCUAUGACCCUCCUCAUGGCUUGACUUAGGCACUAGCUCCCUUACUUUCUGAGGUAUGCCAUCCAAGGUGUUAGGGCUACUGGGAAAAAAAAAACAAAAAAAACACCUUUGCAGUAUAAAAGUCUUCAUAUGUAAAAUAUCAAUAUUUACCUGUGUACAUAUGGGGUAGGCAGGAUGUGGAAAAAGAAUGAAAUGGCAUUUCUGAAUUAUCUUGAUUUUUAGCUAUCACUUCCAUAAAAUAAAGCUACUGGUCAUUCAGAGAUUAUAUACUUGUUUGUUUUUAAAUUACAUGUACCUAUAGGCAACCAGGUAAGCCUGAAAUGGUUAUACAACUUAAUUUUCCAACAGGUACAAAUAAAAUGUGACAUGAUUUAGAUUUGUGAUAUUUCCCCAAGAAAAUCAAAAUUCAUUAAAAAAAUCUCAUGUUAAACACUA